GUUCAAACACCAUGUUCUGGCACAGUGGCACUUGUUCAAAUUUCUACCUACUGUACAGUCCACCGCGGCAGCAUCCUCAUUCUACCAGGUCCUGUUUAUCCACCUUCCUCAACGCCACAUUCUCAGAUUCGGUAAUCGCAUAAAUGGAGAAUACACUGACAUCUGGUAGUAGCUCAGAAGAACCCCCUACCAAGCAGCAAAAGCCCGACGGACUUCUUGAAGAAUUCAACCUAGGGUUAACUGAUGCACAACACGCCAUAUAUGAUGAGAUGGCCUGUAGGUCCGAUCACAUGCCUCUUGUAGAUGUGGUGGAGAUGUUUGCGCACACUCCGGACGGUCCUCGUCUGCUCUCACAAGCGAUCCAUGCUGUGCUCUCAACAUGUCCCGACUAUAUGAAUCCAAGUCUUGAUAUGGAAGAAGUGACAGAGUGGCUGAAAGAGUCUGGCGAACUGCGUGAUAUUGUUUUAGAUGCAGUUCGGACCAGGUCCUUCAAGGCUAUUCGAAACCUAGCGAUUUUUCAAUGCAAACCCCGUCGUCAACCAUUCACCCGUUCAUUCCGCACAAUACCACUUACCGUAGACACACGUCCUUACGACAUUGCAAUCCAGGGUUCAUGGGAGGCACCAUAUAUCGGAGAUCAUCAUGCACUCUUCGUCUACAACCUGAACCGCGCUGAACGUGAUAGGGCUGUACGUUACUCAAACUCAAUAGCUGUCGUACAGAGUUCCGGGACCGGAAAGUCUCGGAUGGUUCACGAGGCAUCUGACCUCGUCUUCACGAUUCCUUGUAACAUACGCCCGCCGGCGGACUCCCAACAGGGUGCUUACCCGCCGUCGGAUUCCGAAGUUUAUCAUCACCUCGUGACGAACUGGAUGCGCACUGAACUCGAGCUCGAGCUAUACUUCCGGAGAUAUUUCGCAUCUCUGUUCAAAGCGGUUGUGGCCAACCUACGAAUUUUGAUAUCAGAAUCACCCGUUGAGACAUACGAGGAGCUGGCAAUGUCAUGGCGUAGGUAUCUGGAAGAGGAUGACAGGAAGAACCGGGAUGCCAUGUAUUCCGAAGUUGUGCGGGCUGCUACUGCUAGACAUUUCCACGUGAGUGUCUUGCGUAUUUAUGAGAAUGACAUGUACGAUGGUCUCAAUGAACUCCUGGACCUGAUCGUGCACCUCCCAAGCACUCCAAAGUACGACUGGGUCCCAACUGGUAAUCCCAUGGACGUCAAGCUACUGCUAUACUUUGACGAAGCACAUGAGCUGGCCAACAAAUAUCUGAUCAACAAUUGGGGAAGUCGUAUCAGUAACAAGUCGUAUUACGAAAUUUUCCUGUCAUGCAUCAAUCCUUGGUUAGACACCAGCGUCCAAGUCAUGACCGUGUUCAUCUCAACCAGUCCAGAGAUAUACCUUCCGCUAAAGACAGAUGAAGUUCUUUAUGGUCCUUCAAGGCUCGCUAGGAUCAUUCAUCCUCCGAUUACCGAGACCCCAUUUGAUUGUUCACCGCAUUUACCGAUAUCGAUGGAGGAGCUCGGAGAGUUGACUCUAGAGAAAGCAUCUGAUGUAGCAUUCUUGGUGCGCUUCGGACGUCCUCUAUGGUGGUCUAUGCUCGAGAGCGCACACUCGAGCGACAAGAACUUCAUGAAAUACUCUCUGAUCCUCCUCGCCAGAGGAAAACUAAUGUACAUCGGGGCUCAAGUAAAGAUAGAACAAAAACAUACCGACAUCCGUAUCGAAUACGGUCCACGCAGCUUAGCCGCCGUCGUCGACAUGCUCAUCAACAUCGACUACGCAAGAAGCCCCGAAGUGUUACUCCGAGAAAUCUAUCAAGUCGAAAAACACAUGCGCGUGCUGUACUCUGCCUCAGGAUUUGGCAAGCUCAUCGAGACUGGAUACUCCUCUGAACCUAUCAUGGCCGAAGGUGCGGCACAGCAGAUGCACUUGUUCAUGACCGUGAAAGGGGGUGCUAAAGACGCAAUGAGCGACAUACUGGAAAAGGACUUUCGGCUGGGUUCUGGGUCUAUGAUCAAAGCCGAUCGACGAGCCGAAGUUGUCGUACGUGCUUUGGUCAUGACGGCCUAUCUGCGUGCCGUGGCCAAGGAUGCGAAAGGAAGGGAAUUCCUUUUUAGCGAGGGGUGUGGCGUUGUUAGUUUCAUCAAGGAGCUUUAUUCGAAGGAACACGCCCAGGCGAUCUUGGACUCCACCCCAGCGAAUGGUGAACCUGGCAAGACUUUUAGGGAAGUGUUCAAGAAGUCCGUUAUUCGUGUGACCCAUUUCGUUCGUGCGGGAGACGAUUCUGCGAUAACGGUCCCUGCACUGAGGGCGGCUUUCAUUCGGUGUAUGGGUUUCAUUUGCUCUGGGACGGAGGGUAGUAGUGUGGACUUUGUGUUGGGGAUCUUGCUUGACAGGGACCUCCCGAUAUCCAACGACAAUAUCUCUGCGUUGAUGUGCCAAGUCAGACGACUACGGGACCGAGGUAUUUUUGAACGCGAAAUCGAUGGGUUUCUGUCGUCGGUGAGGAAGAAGAAGGGCGACAAAAUACCAUACGUGACGAUGGUCGUUGACUUGGAUGUUCGACCUCCAAAACCAUAUCCGCGGGUUGCGCGAGAGGGGAGGAAUCAGGCCGGAGAGGAGCAAGCGUCUUCAAGCACCUCCAGACAUGCGAAAAAGACCAGAGACAAACAUCCGAGGUACAGCAUAUUUGCCUAUGGCUGCUCGCCGGAAGUCUACGGCGUCAUUAGUAAGGAAGAAGGACAACGGCACAGCGACCUUCUCGCGUUCAAGGACUUCCUCCACGAACAUCCACGACCCCACGAGAAAAACAAAGAAGCGAUACGCAGACUGCGGCCGAAUGAUUUCAUGGAACAAGUGUCUUUUGACUGGAUAGAAGGUGUUGGUGAAGCUUUGCAGGUGCCCGAGUCGGAGUCUAGCGUUGGGGGUGGCGAAUCCGAGGUUGAGAGGAGGCAUUUCGUCGCUGUUGGUGCUGCCGCCGAUCGUGCUAUCGCUCGGAGUGAAGACAAUGCGUCGGAAUCAACGCCAGAAGGUGUAACAGAGGAAAUGAAAGUAUGAAAGAAUACGUCAGGGGUUGGGUGAUCCAUUUCCGCGGUGUUAAGCAACAAGACAGCCAACACUCUGCUACUUGGAGGUCACUUGUGCGAUUUGUCUAUAUGUCGUAUGGUUUGAAUGGGUCUUGCAUAAUGGGUAUCACUUGAUCUCCAUUUUGCAUGUACCGUAUGUUACAUUCUGCGAUACAUCGCAUCGAGCAUAUUCCGUUCUUUCUCCGGUGUCGAAUAGAAUAUAUAAGCCAACGUCCAUUAGUCUGUUGAGAAUCGCAUCACAACAACUUGCACCUACACACCCACAAACAUUCUAGCUGAACCAGUCUGUCC